CGGCGCCAUGUUGGGGCCGAGGGGACGGCGGAGAGGCGCUUGAAGCGGCGGGAGCGGAGCGGGAGCGGGUCGGACCUGGGCUGGUAGGAGCCCCGCCCCUCCCGCCUCAGCGGAUCAUGACUCGGGCGGCCGCGGAGGUCGCGGUGGCGGGGGACGCGGCGUGGCGGGGCCAGCGCUAGAGAUGAUGCCGUUUCCGGUGACCACCCCGGGAUCACAACAGACCCCGCCGCCGCCCAAGCACUAUGGCGUCUCCUCCCCCAUCAGUUUAGCACCCCCCAGGGAGACUGACUGCAUACUUACCCAGAAAUUAAUUGAAACCCUGAAGCCCUUUGGGGUUUUUGAAGAGGAAGAGGAACUACAGCGCAGGAUUUUAAUUUUGGAGAAAUUAAAUAACCUGGUAAAGGAAUGGAUACGAGAAAUCAGUGAAAGCAAGAGUCUUCCACAAGCUGUAAUAGAAAACGUUGGAGGGAAAAUCUUUACAUUCGGUUCUUAUAGAUUAGGGGUGCAUACGAAAGGUGCCGAUAUCGACGCGUUGUGCGUGGCACCAAGACAUGUUGAUCGAAGCGACUUUUUCACCUCCUUCUAUGGUAAAUUGAAACUACAUGAAGAAGUAAAGGAUUUAAGGGCUGUUGAAGAGGCAUUUGUACCAGUUAUCAAACUGUGUUUUGAUGGGAUAGAGAUUGAUAUUUUGUUUGCAAGAUUAGCACUGCAGACUAUUCCGGAAGAUUUGGACCUAAGAGAUGACAGUCUGCUUAAAAACUUAGAUAUUAGGUGCAUAAGAAGUCUUAAUGGUUGCCGGGUAACUGAUGAGAUUUUACAUCUGGUACCAAACAUUGACAACUUCAGAUUAACUCUGAGAGCCAUCAAGUUGUGGGCCAAAUGCCACAAUAUCUAUUCCAAUAUAUUAGGUUUCCUAGGAGGUGUUUCCUGGGCGAUGCUAGUAGCAAGAACUUGCCAGCUUUAUCCAAAUGCGAUAGCAUCAACUCUUGUACGUAAAUUUUUCUUGGUGUUUUCUGAAUGGGAAUGGCCAAAUCCAGUGCUACUGAAAGAGCCUGAAGAACGGAAUCUUAAUUUGCCUGUCUGGGACCCAAGAGUAAAUCCCAGCGAUAGGUACCAUCUCAUGCCUAUAAUUACACCAGCGUACCCACAGCAGAACUCCACGUACAACGUGUCUGUUUCAACAAGGAUGGUCAUGAUUGAGGAGUUUAAGCAAGGGCUUGCUAUUACACAUGAGAUUUUGCUGAGUAAGGCAGAGUGGUCCAAACUUUUUGAAGCUCCCAGCUUCUUUCAAAAGUACAAGCAUUAUAUUGUACUUCUAGCAAGUGCGCCAACAGAAAAACAACAUCUAGAAUGGGUGGGCUUGGUGGAAUCAAAAAUCCGAAUCCUGGUUGGAAGCUUGGAGAAGAAUGAAUUUAUUACACUGGCACAUGUGAAUCCUCAGUCGUUUCCAGCACCCAAGGAAAAUCCUGACAGGGAAGAAUUUCGUACAAUGUGGGUGAUUGGGUUAGUGUUAAAAAAGCCAGAAAACUCUGACAUUCUCAGUAUUGAUCUCACCUAUGAUAUCCAGUCUUUCACAGAUACAGUUUAUAGGCAAGCGAUAAAUAGUAAGAUGUUUGAGAUGGAUAUGAAAAUUGCUGCAAUGCAUUUGAGAAGAAAGGAACUUCAUCAACUACUACCUGGUCACGUGCUUCAGAAAAAGAAAACACACUCGAUGGAAGGUGUCAGAUGGACAGCUUUGGAUGACGGCAGCCUCGACUUGUCUGUAGACAGUGAAGACAGCACGUCUGUGUCUUCACUUCCUGGCUCUGUGAAGACUGGCCCAGUGACUGGCAGCGCUCAGGGCAGAAGCAUUCCUGCCCCGGCUGUGAUGGCAGCAUCUGUGACCAGCGUACAGGUGCCUGAAGUUUCCUUACAACAAGCAAAUCCCAGCGACAGCCCGGGGGGCGCGGCCAGCGGAAGCGCCCCUCAGACUGCCCCACAGCCAACUAUUUCUCCACCGCCGAAGCCCAUGGUCACCAGAGUCGUUUCCUCAACACCUCUGGUCAGCCAUCACCCAGGCCUUCAGGGAGCGCAGCAGCAAGCAUAGCUAACCCUAUCAUAGGAGUCUAGAGGACACUGUCACGUCACAAAGAAGAAAGGACCAAGGAAACCAAAACAGAAGAGGAACGGUCUCAUAAAGAGACAGGUGCAACUCGAUUGGAAACUGUUCAGACAGCAGCUUCUCUGCUGGCCUCAUGGGGAACAUCCAGUGCAGACCUUCUCAGUAUCCCUGCUCUCCCUGCAAAUCUUAUUCCUAUUAUCAAGAAUUCAGUAAAACAGAUUGAACUGAGAAGAACGAUCUCAAGGGUCUGUAAGCAGCGUCUGCCAACUCAGCCUGCUGUCUUCAAAUACUAAAGGAGGAGGACGAAGGGCACCAAACUAGACAUGGUUCAGAAUAGCUUUGUUAGGCUUAUUUGAUGACUUCCUUUAUUGGGCUUAUCUUAAUCAGAAGUCCAGGUUAGUAUGUGAAGCCAGAAGUACUGUUAAUUAACGUGUCAGAUUAUUUGUGUGUCAGCCACAGUUAAACGCUAACUAUUUCGAAGGACUCCUGCCCUUAAAGAGGAAAAAGAGAGAAAAAAACCCUCCAGCUAUGUUUGUACCCAUGACUGACAUUGGGACUGGAUUGAUGUUGGAUGCAUUGUUGGGGAAAGUUUGCAGUACAAACUAGUAUCAGAAUUCCAUGCUGGGGAUGCACUUUAUAUUUUUAUUAGACAGUAGAACAAUUUUUAGAUUUUUCAGCUUGAUGAAUUUCAGAUUUUUCCUGAAUGAUGUUCUUCAUUAUUAAUCCUCAGAUUGGUUCCCAUUGUGCAGUGGUGUACUGUACUUCAGAAAAAGCAUAAAGUACAUCUAGCUCUGUCCCUGUGAGAGCUGUAACCCUUUAAAAUGAAAUGUCAACUCUUAGGGUAUAUAUUUGGCAUUGAAACAGUAAUUAGUAAGUGUUUGGUUUUGAUGGGACGGGAUCAAGAAAUGAUUGGUUUUAUCUGAAGAACUGUUUCAGAGUGCAUACAGUCAGCCGUCAAACAGCAGAUACUGUCCUGAGCUAACAGAGCUCCAUAUUCUCUUGUCCUUAAUCAUUUGCCCUAAAAGAAAAAGAGCUUUUUGUGUCCCCUGCCCCCACCGCCUUCUCUUUGCUUGUGUGCACAAGGUAUGCUUGUAUAUCGUUUCACAGAAAACUCAGUAUGCUAGUAUUUUCUUAACCAUGAUGUGAAACCAACAGUCCUGUGGCCACAUGGCUAAUAUUUUAGUAAAGCUUUACUGAAAGUAAUUCCCGUGAAGCAUGUUAUCCAUCUUGGAUGGUCAUUUGGUCUCCACAUAAGAGAAGAUUUGUAUACUCCACAGAAUCCCUGCUUAUAGUAAAGUUAAUUUCUAAUUUAAACGUGUAAGCAAAAAAGCAUUUUCUCCAGAAUUUUAAACCAAUUUUUAUUUGUAAAUGACUUCCUAAAAUUCAUCAGUAAAACUUACAUGUAGAAACAUCAGAAAUUUCUAGCAAGCACUUGACAUCUAGUCAGCUUUCUACUCUUUUGUUUUAUCCUGCAAAAGAUUUGAAAUAAUAACCUUUCUUUAAAAAAAAACAAAAAAGACAGCUCAUAAUUAGCAGCAGAACAUUCAUGUUUCUCAACAGUUGUAGGUGAAUGAAAACAGUCUUUCUUAAUCUGGACACAGCAAACCUAACAGGUUUUCCAAAUAGCCUGAUGCUGAUUCUUCCUGUCCCCCAACAGUGUUCCUUUCUACCACGUGUGCGUUUUUCAUGUUCAACUGCAGCUUCUUAACCCCUUUCCCUAUCCUUUUAAAUAAUUUCCCCCAAAGUUGGAAUAUAGUCAUUUCUGUUGUGGGCUGUGCAGUAAUUGAGACUUUCUGUUCACCAUGACUUUCUGACGCCUAAUACACAGUGUUCCCACUACCUGUGCAGUCCCCUUCCACCACAAUAAAAUCAGGUGAAGUGUGUACAGUACCUGUGUGUUUGGAAUAGCUAUUGUGUCCUUGAAAUUGCCACGCACAGGUUUAGUCUUGUCAUUUUGUUCACACAUUGGCGAAAAAUUAGUUUAUUAAAUGUUUCGUGUAACUGUACUUGUUUUACCAAGCUGGGAAGUUGGAGCUUUUUAAUUCUAGUUUUCGUUACCUGAAUAUCAGACUAUUUUUUUCAUAUGGUGUGCAUAGUAUCUCAUGACUGGAGUUUGCUUCGUUUUAUAGUAUCUGUACUCCUUGUAUUUUUCAAGCACUAUUUUGAAAACAGAUGAUGUAUUUCUCCAUUAAAAAACACAAUAAAAGUAAGCAAGAAAGAAGCGAGCAGAGGGGUUUAAAUCUGAUGAUAACAGUUCAGAUGUUCAUACUGUUGUUCUGGUGGGUAAAGUCACCGAUGAACGUUUCGACUUACUUGAAGUC